GUUUCUUCCGUUCAACCAUCUAUCAUGCAACAUCGGGAUGGUUUAGCUAUUAUAUUUUACCCCACUUCUCCGUCGAGGAAAUUACUUCAAUUUCAUACUUGGAUAACAGAGUAUGAGUUGAAAUAUCAUCACUCAUUUACAGAAAGCAUCUCUACAACAUCCAUUGCGUCAAUCUCAACUCCUCAGAAAAAUAAGGAGGAAAGAAUACUGGGUAAAGAUGGUUUUAGUAAGGUUCCUCACGAGCUUAUGAUGAUUAUUAUGGAUAAUUUGGAAGCUACCGACAUUCUUUCUUUAUCUAUGGUGAAUAAAAAGCUAAGGGCUCAUACUCAAGAUAAUUAUCUAUGGCGUCAAAUUCUCUUACGAAAUUAUGGAGAGUCCGCAAUAAAGGAUGAGCCAAAGCACACAAGUCGCAAGAUAAUGUGGAAAAGGACAAAACGUAGUAAGCAACCACAAGUAGAGCCAAAUUGGCAGAAAGUCUUCAUGAGAUUAUCAACUGUCAAAGUUUCAACGAAAACUGCAAUUUCACGGGGCAAACCUGGUGCUUAUUAUCGAUAUAGAUAUUUCGAUCAUAAAGCAAAUGAUUUUAGUCGUUACGGUAAUAGGAUUAGACAGAGACAGCGUUCAUAUGAGAUUGAAAUGACCAUAAGUAACGUUCCACCUGGUGUCUACGACAUCAUAUGGCGAAUGAGGAUUGACAAGUUCUCUUGCAGACCAAUCUUAACUUUUUCUACAGAUAUUUGGUUGCGUCAUGAUAUAUACCUAAAUUCUUAUGAAAGAGAAUCCAAGUUCAAAUUUUCUCCUGACCCGGACAAACUCCAGGAAGUAUUUGACAAAGGAUGGUUUCAUUUUCGGUUACCUUACAAGAUUGUAAUUGCUAAGAAGGAUCAAUUUGAUGAUAGAAGAUAUCAAGUGCACACUGGCAUUUCAUGUUACGCCGAAGAUUUACCAAAAUCCAGAUCACUUAAAGGACCUUUUUCCGUUGAUUAUGUAUGUUUACGUCCCCACAUUGCAUAUGACCACGUAGAAAAUCCACCUAUCAUUGAACAUUUAGAAAAUGAUUAUGAAAGUGUAUAUAGCGAUAAUGAAUAUUAUGAUAUACAAAAUAAUACCGAAGAAAAUGUUUUCAAUUCUUUAAAGAGGAAAAAAAAACUGAUCAAAAUUUUAUCUUGUAGUGCUGGUGGUAUGAUUUCCAAUAGGGACAAUUGUUCUUAUGGAAGUGGAAAUCAUCAUCGUAGCACUUUGUAG